AUGGCGUUAAGGGAUAUUAGACCUCCUUAUGACUUCCUACCCUUAAAACUGUCUCAAGUUGACAAUGUUGUGCGCAGUGUAGCAUCUGCUGAGAUGUUUCUCGAGGCUCUCGCUCGCUUUUUUCCGCCGCAUAUUUGGGGCUUUCAGCGUGGCAUUCCGGAGCCGUGCUUUAAAGUGAAUUGCAAGAAAGAAGGAACAUGCCCUCGAAUCGUGGUUACACAUGCUAAGAGGACAAUGAACAGGAACGUGGUCGGACUACAAAUCGCCGUCUAUCAGGACACACCAUCGGCCCAUCUGGCCAGAUGUUUGGGGCUUCAUACACGAUGGGGUUUGCGUGUGAGACUGCUGGAUCUGCAGGGGCCGGUGUUCCUCCACGAGCCGCCGCAUCGCGUUGAGUUCUCCAACAAUUCCCUCACGACAAUCGAAUGCUCAGGCAGCGGAAGUCCUGCACCAGAGGUUGAAUGGUCACCCGUGUUGCCCCAUCAAGAUUUGGUAUUUCCACUGUCAAAUGGGAGUCUCCUGUUUUAUCCUUUCUCCGCCGAGAAGUACCGUCACGAGAUACACUCAACUGUCUACAGGUGCAAACUGAAGAAUCUGGUCGGCACGAUUAUCAGCCGUGAGGUUCAUGUCAAAGGAGUUGUUAAUCAGAAGUACACGGUCCAGGUGCACGAUGAAUACGUCAUGACGGGAAAUACGGCGGUUCUCAAGUGCCAGGUGCCGAGCUACAUGGCGGACUACGUGAUGGUGACGGCGUGGGUGCAGGACACAGGGAUGCACCUCUAUCCCAACACCGACAUCGGUGGCAAGUACACCGUGCUGCCCAAUGGGGACCUGUACAUCAGCAAUGCCGGACCCAGUGACGGCUUUAAGACUUACACGUGCCGAGUGGUCCAUCGACUGACAGGUGAAAUGCAGGUAUCGGCGUACCCGGGCAGGAUCAUCGUGACCGAGCCCAAGGGAGUCGUGCAGCCGCGGAUUAACGUUGAGAAGCACUCGUCACGCCAUGUGACGCUCAACGGACACAUCACGUUGCCUUGCGUGGCCCAGGGACACCCGGUGCCCACCUACCGCUGGUUCAAGGAGGACAACGAGCAGCUGCUGCCCGUGCAGCUCAGCGACCGCCUCACGAUUCUGGCGGCGGGUCUGCUGAAGGUCCAGAAGGCGCGCCUCGAGGACACCGGCAAGUACCUCUGCUGGGUCAACAACUCCGCCGGCGAGGAGACAAUCCAGGUCAUGCUCACUGUUUCAGCUCCGCUGACGGCCCACCUGCAGCCGCAGGUGCAGACGGUGGAUGUGGACAGGGACGCCCACUUGCAGUGCAUCGUGUCUGGCUUCCCCGUGCAAGACAUCGUGUGGCUGCACGAUGGGAAGCCAAUCCUGCGAGACAAUAGAAUUGAAAUUCACUCUGAGCCACCGCGAAUCAUCAUCAAGCGGGUGCAGAAGGACGACCAGGGAAUGUACCAGUGUCUUGUGACAAAUGAUUGGGAACAAAUUCAGUCGACGGCUGAAUUGAAGUUGGGAGAUGCAUCACCGGAACUUCUUUAUUGGUUCUCGGAACAAACACUCCAGCCAGGACCGACAGUGUCUUUGAAAUGUGUCGCCACUGGGAAUCCCCCGCCGCAGUUUCAAUGGACAUUGGACGGAUUUCCGAUCCCGGACAGCUCACGCUUCCUUGUCGGACAAUAUGUGACCAUUCACGACGACGUGAUAAGUCACGUCAAUAUCUCCAACGUUAAGGACGAGGACGGCGGCGAGUACUCGUGCACGGCUCAGAACAGCAUUGGCAAGGUUUCCCACAGCGCCAAGGUGAACAUUUACGGGCCGCCCUUCAUUCGCGAGAUGCCAAAGAUCACGGGAGUGUCUGGGAAGGAUCUGGUGGUGAAGUGUCCGGUGGCGGGAUAUCCGAUUGACAAGAUCCACUGGGAGAGAGACGGCCAGACGCUGCCCAUCAACCGUCGGCAGCGCGCCUACGCCAACGGGACGCUGAUCAUUGAGCAGCUGCAGCGGCUGGAGGACGCCGGGACGUACACUUGCAUGGCGCAGAGCCGGGAGAAGCAGACGGCGCGGCGGAAUGUGGAGAUUCAGGUGCUGGUGCCGCCCAAGAUAAUGCCCAUUCAGGCCAUGACCAACAUGCUGCGCGAGGGCAUGCGGGCGGCAAUCUCCUGCCAGAUCCUCGAGGGCGAUUUGCCCGUGAGCUUUCGCUGGGAGCGCAACGGGAAGCCCGUGAUUGGGACGGGCAACGAAGUGAUCCGGCGACUGGAUGAGUACUCAGCAAGUCUGGUGGUGGAGCACAUCUCCUCAGAGCACUCCGGCAACUAUUCCUGCAUCGCCAGCAACGUGGCGGGAACGGAGAAGUUCACAGUGCCGCUGACGGUGAAUGUGCCGCCAAAGUGGGUCAUCGAGCCCAAGGACUCCGCCGCUCAGGCCAGCCACGACGUGAUGCUGUUCUGCGAGGCGGACGGCUAUCCCAAGCCCACCAUCACGUGGAAGAAGGCGAUAGGGAGCAGUCCGGGGGAGUACAAGGACUUCCUGUACGAGCCAAACGUCGUGCAGUACGCCAACGGGAGCAUCCACUUCAAGAAGAUCACGAAGGAGAGCCAGGGACACUUCCUGUGCGAGGCGAAGAACGAAAUUGGCUCGGGGGUGAGCAAAGUGAUUUUCCUCAAAGUCAACGUGGCCGCUCACUUCGCCACGAAGAACAAGCAGAUCUUCAUCGCCCGCAGCAAGCAGGUGCACAUUCAGUGCAACGUCCAGGGCGACACGCCAAUCGACCUCAAGUGGCGCAUCCAGAAUUCACAGCAGCACCUCGAUGAGUCCAUCGACGCCAGGUACACGAUCAGGGAGCAGACUCUGGACGAUGGAAUGGUAUCGGAAUUGGGGAUUUCGCACACAUAUCGUCAGGACACAGGCAUGUACAUUUGUCAGGCGAGUAAUGCCUUCGGACAGGACGAAAUGUCCAUCCACUUGAUAGUGCAGGAAGUGCCAGAGCCACCGAAGAAUCUGCGAAUCAACGCCCAGCAAUCACGGAGUCUGCAGCUCUCGUGGAGCACGCCAUUCGCCGGCAACAGUCCAAUUGAGGAGUUCCACGUGCAGUACAAACUCAUUGCGGACACGUGGCAGACGUCGGAGAGGAUCACGGUGAGUGGCUCCCAAACGGUGAUCACGAUCUCCAAUCUGAGGCCCGCGAAGACGUAUCACAUUCGCAUGGCGGCGGAGAACAAGCUGGGCGCGUCGGAUUUCUCGGAGAUUGUCCAGGUGACGACACUGGAGGAGGUGCCUUCGGGGCCGCCGCUGAAUGUGCGCGGCGAGGCCAGGAGCUCGACGGAGGUGUUCGUGUCGUGGGAGGCGCCAGAAGUGGAUCAUCGCAAUGGGAAUCUCCUGGGCUACUACGUGGGCUACCAGAUGGCCUCAAUGCGCACCGAAGUCAAUCCCACGCAAGGCUACAACUUCAAGACGGUGGAAGUGCGAUCGCACUUCGGCGGAGAAACAGCUCUGGUGAACCUCAACAAGUUCACUCAGUAUCACAUCAUCGUGCAGGCCUACACGAGUCAAGGCAGCGGACCGCAGAGCGAAGAGAUCCUGGUCAAUACCCUAGAAGAUGUCCCCACGAGUCCGCCUGAGAGUCCCAAAUGCGACGUUCUGUCCUCCACUUCGAUCUACAUCACGUGGUCGCCGCCGAACAUCGAUGGUCAGAAUGGGAAGAUUAAGGGCUACAAAGUGUCCUACAUUUCAGUGGAGGAUCUGUACGAGAAGGAUCCCCACAUGGUCAAGUCCAACAACCAGUACCUCACUGUGGACAAUCUCAAGAAGUUCACCAACUACACCGUCUGGGUCUUGGCCUACACCAAGAUCGGCGACGGCGUGAAGACCAAGCAAUUCCACUGCCGAACCCACGAGGAUGUCCCAUCAGCGCCGUCAGCCAUUAAGGCCAUCCCAGCAUCCAGCACCAAGAUCAUCGUGUCCUGGCUUCCACCGUUGAAUCCCAACGGAGAAAUUACUGGCUACACAUUCUACAUGUCUGUCUUCGAGGGUGGUCGCGAUGAGGGGACGCACAAGAAGAUCCUGGGACCCUACAUCGAGAUGCACGAGACGCAGAGGCUUCAGGAUGGGGCGACUUACCAAUUCUGGCUCACAGCCUCGACGAAAGUCGGCGAGGGCGAAAAGACCAAAGUCGUGACGGUGCAGCCGAACAACAAAGUUCCCGCCAGGAUUGUGUCCUUCAGCAGGAAGAUCGUCACGCCCUGGAAGCAGGAUCUGGUGCUGCCGUGCAAGAAAGUGGGCCUGCCAGCGCCGGUGACUGUGUGGCGCCAGGACGGACACUCCAUGGAUACGAACUCCAGGAAGUCCAUCGCGAAGAACGGCACCUUGACGAUCCGCGAUUGUCAGCACGCCGAUGGCGGGAACUACACGUGCAGCGUGGAGAAUAAUUGGGGGAAGGACGAGAUUCUCUAUCAUCUGGUGAUCAAGGUUCCGCCAGAUCCGCCCAAUCUCACCGUCGUCAACACGUACACGGACAGUCUGCUGCUGGAGUGGACGGACAACAAGAACGGCGGAAGUCCCAUUCUGGGCUACGUCAUCAACUACAAGCGCGACAAUGGCGAUUGGGAGGAGCUGCAGAUCGACUCGAAGACCAAUUCACACUUGCUGGGUAAUCUGUGGUGCGGCACGCGAUAUCAGCUGUACAUCACGGCGCUGAACAAGAUCGGCACGGGCUUGCCGUGCGACAUCGUGAACUCCUUCACGAAGGGCAACGCGCCGGUGCAGCCCAAGCACAGCCAGAUGAUCACGAACAACUCCACGAGCGUCACGUGCUGGCUGGACUCCUGGGGCGACGGCGGCUGCGGCAUUCUCUACUUCGUCAUCGAGUACCGGCCGUUCGGGCGCUCGCACUGGAACAUGGUGGCGGGUCACGUGGCGCCCACGGAGCGCAUCUACACCGUCAAUGAUCUCUCGCCGACCACCAAGUACCAGCUAAGAGUCACAGCGCACAACAACGCCGGAUCCACGAUGGCAGUUUACAACUUCACCACGCUGACGCCGCAAGGAAUCAUCUAUCCAGGCGACCAUCCACCUUCGGUGUCGCACAAUUUGGGCGAAAGUUCCUUCUAUGCAAACUUCAAAGUGCUCCUGCCCGUGACACUCUCCAUUCUCAUCCUCCUCAGCCUCAUUGCGGCGGUUCUUCUCAUCCGAAAACGAAAAAUGAACGCACAGAAUCGAGUGCCAUCGUCAUCGAUCUCAGAAUCACCCUCGCUGGCCAAUCUGCAGAACAAGGCGAACAGGGAUCAGCAGUACUUGGCCGUGAGGUGCAAUCAGGGCAGCAACAGGAACAGCAAUUCCGCGGAUUCGGGCAGCUUUAAGGCCGAAGGCAACGAAUACAUCGAGGACAUCUGUCCAUAUGCAACGUUCCAGCUCAACAAGCAAACCUACAGCGAAAGUUCGUACAGUGGAAACGUCUACAGCGGUCCGUAUCACUCCGUUCGCGGCUCCUUCGUCUACCACGACGUCAAGACGGAUAGCUAUCACAGCAAGGAGCCUGAGUACACGAAAGUCCGCCGAAAAGGUGGACGCCUGAGGGAUCCACAUUCGGAGAGUCAAGAAUCGGACAAUCCAGGUUCAACAGAUUCCGAAGUGAGGAAAAUCUUAACGCUUCACAUACCAAUUACAGAAUACGACACCUUGGGCUCCGAAUCCGACAACGAAUUGACCUCUCGGGCUGUCAAUCAAAAGAAAUAUCGACCACAGAGAGAUUCCCAGGAUGAGACGUCAUCAUCGUCGGAGAAUUCGCCGUCGAACAUAUCAACCAGGAAGGUGAAGCCACCCUAUGUGGCACGAAAGGGCGCCAAAGCCACGCAGAAUCUGCCAAAGAGACACGUUCGCAGCUCCAGCGGCUACUCGAGUCACAACGAAGAGACGACAUUCAGUAUAUCGAACUAUCCGAAUUACUCAGACGACCACAUAAAUCCACCGCAUCACUUUCUGGAUUCGCCCUCGGCGGCGGGCGGCGACAAGAAGACCGGCCACUCGCCCAGGAUUCGCGCCACGCAGAAGCUUCAGCGGGAGGCUUUUCAGAUUAAUGUGUAAUGAAGGGCAGCGUGCGAAGGCUGGACAGUUAUUGAGAUUAUGAAUUGUUAAGGGCGGAAAAUGCUUUGAGGAAAAUGCGCGCGAUUGAUUAUGACAAAGGGAUGAAGGAAGGAGAAGCACUGUAAUAUACAAUAUGAGGUGUGGAAUAAAAAAGGGUAGAUAGAGAUAUUUUUAGCUCAAGAAUUUGUUGAUUUUAUACGUUUUUACUAAUGAAUAUUUGAGCAUAUAUAUAUUUUGAAAUUAUUCUGUACAUAAAUUUAAAAGAAGAAAGAAAAAAACGUAUUCGAUGCGCUCCUUGACAAAUUAUAUGUAGUUCAAUUUUAUAAAUUGAUUUGACUUCACUUUAGGAGAGAAAAAAAACGUCUAGUGAUGAAACAUUUAUGAUUAUGACAUAUCUUGAAUAGAGUGAAAGGUUGAAAUGAUGAAUUAGAGACAUUAUUUGUGACUAAAAUCGAAUAACAUUCAUUCAUCCUUCAUGUUUCGAGAGCACCUUUUGUUGCGGAAACAGCCAAAAAAAAAUAGACAAGGAAAAGCCACACAACCUGACUGUCUUUCGAUUUUGUAAAGAAAAAAAAAGGGAUAUUUUAGCAGAGCAAGUAAAUUAUUGUAAAAUUUAAGGGCAUUUAUUGCGAGUAUUUAAGCGCGAAGUGGAAGGAUUGUGCCAAGAUUUUCUAUGAGAAAGAGAAGUAUAUAAACUCGUUUUCUUUUCUAAUACUCCACAACUUGACGCUCUUUUUCGCCAAGAGACAACACAAAAAAUAACUUCACCAAAUGAUGAAAAAUAGCCCAAGAUUGUAACAUUUUAGAGAUGACAAUAUAAACUUAACUAAACUAAAUAGUAAUUAUGAGGAUCUUUUUUUUUUGUUACGCCAGGAAGAUUGCAAACACAAACAAUGGAAGGAAACAAAAUAUUACUACAAUUGUAAGGAAAAGAGAGAGAGAGAAGAAUAUAAUAGGAGAAAAAAGUAUAAAAAUAUUCAUAUAUUGAAGAUAUUGAACAAUUUAAAGAAAAUAUAAAUAAAUGUGCUGAAGAAAAGGAGUGAAGGAUUAAUUAGAGUGACAAGAAGCUGAGAAAUUCCCUUUAAAUUCUCUUAUAUGACACAAAUUUAAUCAUUUUAAUCAUUUCUUACUUAAUUUUUCUUUCAAAAAUUGUGCACAGAGAGAAAUUUGAAGAAAAAAAUAGUUUUGAUUUAAGAAAAAUCCUGAAAUUGCUUCAAGAAUAAUUCCUGAGUUGAUAUUUCAGAACUUUUUAGUGUAUUUUUAGGGAAAGAUGAUGAGAAAUAUUAAGAAAAAACCCACAUUUUUGUUAGAUUUAUUUAGAAAAUUCUUCAUAAUUCUUCCUGUCUUGUAAGGAUAAUUUUAGAGAGAAGAAAGUGAAGAGAAAAACCCGGCAAAAUGAUAAUAAAUGUUAAUCGAUGAAGAGAAAAAUCACGUGUUUUUAAUCAAUCACAUUUAUUACAA